AAUGUCAUGGUCCAAGCGUCAAGUUUCGUAGCACGCCGGCGAUAGUGCUGAGUGCUGAGUGCUGAGUGCUUGAUGCUGUCAACGAGCGACUGACGGCGACCUGGAUAUCAUCAGUCACACACACAAUGCUGUUCCUACGCUGCACACGGCAGAUUGCCCAAGCGCGACCGGCGCUCAAUCUCUCUUCUACAUCGCUGCUUCAGUCGACUCUUCGCCCACUGGCCGCAUCGCAACCCGCACAAUCCCGCACAUUUUCAUUGCUGUCAGCUAGACGCCCGACACUUCCCACCGCCCCAACAUCGACCUUGUCGCUCAACACCACCCUCGAGCUUCCCACUCUACCAGCCUCCUCCACCACCCUCACUCUCCUACAAGCCAGAGGUCCUAAGAGAGAUACAUUCGACCCCUCGCACCGCGUGAGAAAGCGAAGAAGUGGUUUCCUUGCCCGCAUUCGCAGCAGAAACGGUCGCAACUUGAGAUCCACUCUCAGUCAUUGAUGUCCUUUUCUUUUCCGAAUCUCUCGCUCUCCCAAGACAGACGCAUGUACAAAAAUUAGCAAAACCUUAUGUUACGGGCAGGGAAAUGCUCUGGAAGCGGCAUACAUCAGAUGUGCUUGAUGUGCCGUGAACAGAG